UACGCCAGAAAUUUUAUUGCAAUCAGCUGUCAGAAAGAAGAUAAUCACGUAAAAAACAAAAUUAUUUGUGUCUUCAGAUAAUUCCCGUCAACAUGGCGGGGCAAAAUCCGGGCUCACCGACUGAUUUUCAGUAUUUUUACGAGGAUGAAGUGUAUAAAAUCAACAAUCGUGGUCAAGUUGUGUUCGGCCUGGUGCUUGAAAACUAUGAAGCCAACUCCAGUGAUCAAGAAAGCGACAUUGAAACCCCCAUACAAAAAGGCGAAAUUCGGGUUGUCUGGCAUCCUUCCGGCACCGAAAGAGUGGUGUCUGAAAAGACGGUGGGCCUCGCAGACCGCUCGCUCAUGCCGGGCGACGUCGUCCGCCGCCUGAUCGCCGGCAAGGACACUCAGCGAGGCUACUGCCGCGACAUCGUGAUGACGGCCGCGCUGCAGGUGGUGGGCACCAAGCACGUGAUCCCGGGCGUGGCCAGCGAGCGCCUGCAGCCGCUGGAGGAGUUCACGCCCGACCUGGCCGUGUGUCUUGAGUCGUGGGUUGGGACUUCCAAGGUAUGUGAGGGUGGAUGCGAGCGCCUGCAGCCGCUGGAGGAGUUCACGCCCGACCUGGCCGUGUGUCUUGAGUCGUGGGUUGGGACUUCCAAGGACACGCAGCGCGACAUCGUGAUGACGGCGGCGCUGCAGGUGGUGGGCACCAAGCACGUGAUCCCGGGCGUGGCCAGCGAGCGCCUGCAGCCGCUGGAGGAGUUCACGCCCGACCUCGCCGUGUGUCUUGAGUCGUGGGUUGGGACGUCCAAGGCGGUGCACAGCAAACUUCGCCUAGUAUCCUCCGACGGCUCCCGCCUCGAAUACCCGGACCUCGACAGCUUCCCUCUAGAGGACUACUCCAUGCGCCGGCGCCGCACCACCCCAUACUCCUCGUCCGAGUUCUACCCGGGUCAGGUGGUCUACGGGCCUCUGGGAUCGUUGGAUAAUGCUAAUUGGUUGAAUGUGACCAAGGAGAUGAAGGCCGCCAGGAAAUAUAAGAUGCAUGAGCAUAAGUUCACAGUGGAGGCGGUGGUGACGGAGAGCGUGAGCGUGCACUGGCAGUGCCGCGCGCUCUGCACGCACGCCGCCGACGCGCCGCCGCAGCAGCCCAAGAUACUCGUUGAAGGCGAAGACCUGAAAAAGCUGAGUCUGCUGAACGUAUUCGAACCCUGCACGCUGCAGGUGGGAGACCGCAACUUCCUCACCAUCGGCGCCGACGACACCUUCGUCAGCAAGAAGCAGUGGCGCAAGCAGCAGAGCAAGUUCUACCGCAACCACCGCAAGCAGACCCGCCCGACCAAGAAGGAAGCGGCCAAGUCCGAGUCCAACUCGGCCGAGCACGUGCCCUCCCGGCCCAAGAAGCGCGCCGCCGCGCACAGGAAGCUGAAGCAGCAGGAUCACGACAUGGAGAUCGACACAAUGGAAGAGAAGCCACCCUCCUCCGAGCACGCGCUGCCAGCGGGCGGCAGCUGCCCCAGCAUCAAGGUGGACGCCGGCGAGCCCGAGCCCGCGCACGACGACGCCGCCGAGGAGAAGAACGACUCCGGCAUCAGUCCCGAGCCAACAAAGGAAGACAGCUCCCUACUGAAUGGCGACAGCAAGUCAUCUGAAACCGGUCUCAACGAUGACGACUCUGACAACUGGGAAAACACCAGCAGUGAAGGCAGUGACACUGAUAGCGGUGCCACCUGGUCAUCCCGCUGCUCCUCCGCCGCCUCGGGCCGCGGCAAGCGGUCGCCGCAGCUCGCCGUGCGCUUACUGCGAGGCAAGCGCCUCAAGCGCACCGUGCGCCGCGCGCCCGCCGCGCCGCCGCCGCGCGUCGGUGACCGUGUCGUCGUCGAGACGCUUCAUACUACUAGCCAUGCUAAUGUGGUCUGGCAGGACGGCACCAUAGAGAUGGGCAUCCCGUCCACGCAGCUGUACCCGAUCCACCAUCUGGACGGGCAGGAGUGCUUCCCGGGGGACUUCGUCGUCAGCGGCGCCGCCUCCGUCGAGGAGAAUAAUCACUUGAAGCACCGCGAGUAUGGAGUGGUGCAGCGCGUGGACCACCACGGCCGCACCGCCGUCGUGCACUGGCACCGCACCUACACCACCAGCGACCACCCUGUACCCACAAUGCUGUACGAGAGCGAAGUGUCCGUGUACGAUCUGAAGGACCACCCGGACUUCCAGUACCGGCCCGGCACCGUCGUCAUACGCGUCGCCAACUUCACCGGGGAGGACGCCAACUGCACCGCCGGACAGGUGAUCGAUAACUUCCCGUCCGGUCGCGUGAAGGUGUGGUGGGUGGAUGGACACACUAGCAUGUGCUGGCCACAGGAUCUGUACAAGGUCGGUGAAUACGACUCUGAAGACGGCGAGCUGUGGGGCUCCGAGGGCUCGGCUUCAGAGGACUCGUGGGAGACGCAGAGCUCAGCGCACGACGCGGCCGAGCCCCGCCCCGCCGCGCCGCCGCUGCCGCCGCCGCCCGCUGAACCCAAACCAUCCACGCUGGUGUCACUCGGGGCGGGCGGGAGCUCCGUGCCGCGUCUACUGGAGCCGCGCGUGGCGGCGCACAUCGAGCGCGGCCGCGUGGCCAUGCGCCGCCUGGAGGACAUGUUCGCCAAGUACCCUGCACUACAGAGCCAGGAGGUGAGUGUUCUAGAACCAUCCACGCUGGUGUCUCUCGGGGCGGGCGGGAGCUCCGUGCCGCGUCUACUGGAGCCGCGCGUGGCGGCGCACAUCGAGCGCGGCCGCGUGGCCAUGCGCCGCCUGGAGGACAUGUUCGCCAAGUACCCCGCACUACAGAGCCAGGAGAUUAUGCGCAAACUGCUCAACUUGUAUAAAGACUGCCGCUUCCUAGACCGUCUGAUGGGCACUUCAUUCUUCCACGAGGAUCACUUUUUGGGUCUGCUAGAGCGCGUGCGCGAGCGCGGCGCCAGCACGCCCAGCGCGGGCGAGCGGCGCGUGCACGAGCAGCUCACCCGCCUGUUCACUCCCACCGAGGAGGGGCCCGACAAGGAGCCGGACUUCUCGAAGGUCCCCGACAGUGCGGACGUGGAGGACACGAUGCUCAUCGAUAACGAAGACAAUAAAGCGGCCCCCGUCGCCGAGCCCAACACUGAGCCUAUGGAGACGGAGGGCACUCCCAAGAAGCAGCUGCAGUUGAACAUCGACGCAGCGCAGGCGCAGGCGGCCGCCGGCGAAUUGAAAGAUGCUGCCGAAAAGCCAGAAGGAGAGAACGGUGCAGAGCCAGCCGGAGACUCCUCCGACGGCCAGACCCGCAACGUGUGCUACAAGCUGUGCUCGCUCAUCCACACGCAGCUCGUCAAGGCACACGCCGAAGUCAGCCGGCGCCGGCCGGCCGAGCUGGCUGAAUUCCUAAACAGCUUAAUGAAAAAACAAAACGCGACCGAAGAGAAGUUACCCUACCACUUUUCAGUGCAAUACGGAGCUCUGGUCGUGAGCAUGGCUGACCAGGAGGCGAAGGAUGGUGAGCCGAAGCCAGUCGUCACUGAAGGAGACGAGGCAGCUGGCUCUUCUGCUACUCAAGUAGCACCGCAAGCGCCGCUAGCCUCCGCCGACGAGGAAACCGAAGUGAUGGUCCCUCGCAUCUCGCUGGGCGCGGCGCGCGGCGAGGGCUACCAGGUGCUGGAGGCGGCGCCGCCCGCGCACCGCUUCCGCCUGUCCAUGCUGCAGCCGUCCGACCCGCGCACCUUCUACUCCGCCGUCAACCGCGAGAUCCGCCUGCUCCACAGCGACCUGCCGCCCGGGGUGUGGGUGCGAGGCUUCGAGGACCGCAUCGACCUGCUCUCGGUGAUGAUCGCCGGCCCCACCAAGACUCCGUACGAGGACGGGCUGUUCCUGUUCGACGUGCAGCUCGGCGGGGAGUACCCGCGCGCGCCGCCGCUCUGUCACUAUCAUUCUUAUUGUACUGAUAGGCUGAACCCGAAUUUGUAUGAGGAUGGCAAGGUGUGCGUGUCCCUGCUGGGCACGUGGUCCGGGCGCGGCGUGGAGGUGUGGGGCGCGGACAGCUCGCUGCUGCAGGUGAUCGUGUCGCUGCAGGGGCUCAUCCUGAACGCGCAGCCCUACUUCAACGAGGCCGGCUACGAGAAGCAGAAGGGCACACAGCAAGGCAAGGAGAACUCGCGCAUGUACAACGAGAUGGUCCUCCUCAAGCUCGUGCAGUCCAUGACGAAGAUGCUCAUGAACCCGCCGGAGACCUUCCGCGAGGAAAUGUUACUGCACCUCCGUGCCCGCGCCGCCGGCCUGUGCCGCCGCCUCGAGGCCUGGGUCGCCUGCUCCAACGGAGAACCCCUCCACGAGGACAUACCCCCCCCGGACUUCCCCCUCAUCCCCGCCUCCCGCGGCUUCUGCCUCACCCUGCGCUCCUCGCUCGACUCGUUCCGCACCGCUCUGCGCCGCAACGACAUCCCCAUCCCCCCCUCCACCUUAUAGCCAACCUAGCACGCACUAGAUAGCACGUAGAUAUAAUAUUAAAAGGCGCCGUCUCUUCAUGUAUUCAGCUGGAUCUCUCUGACGUCCGCGCUCGGUGUUCGUAGGCGGCCGCGGCCGGUAGUAUUCAUGUGAUGUACUUUUCAAAUAUUAUUAUUAUUAUUAUAUAGAUGUUCCAUUCAGCGAUAGGUGUUUAGGUAAAACUUGUUACUUUUAUUCUCACUAAUGAAAAAGGAAUUCAAUUUGUAAUAGUGUAAUGUUCACGUGUGAAUGUUUCGGAUGACGUAGUUGUUCAUAUUGCUCGUCUAAUAUGUUACUAACGGUCCUCGUAAUAACUGUAUUAUGAAUGUAAUGUCUAAAUAAAUGGAAAAUUUCGAUCUUAUGCGAAUUCAUUGUAUUUAUUUAGUUUAAAUUGAUAAUUAUAGGCUAUUUUAAAUAUUAUUUAUUUUUCAAAGUAAUUUGUACUUUUAUUACCAUCUGUUUUUGGCGGACUUUGUUUGUGCUAUUGAUAAUAAUUAUUGUGUUUACUUAUUCAAAUUUUGUUAUUUAUAAAGCAAAGAUGUUUGCUACUUGUAGGUACCUAUUUAUUAAAAGACAUUCUGGAGAUCACUUCCACAGGGAUUAGUCGAAUGUAUUUCGAAUUUCUAUCAUCAUGUUAUGUAGUUUCGAAUUAUAUUUUAGGAAUGAAUGGUAAUGUGGCGUUCAAGUUAUUUAUGUUUGUAUUGUUGUGUGUAAAAUAAAUGCCAAUGUUUUUAUCUAGUUAUCCAUUUUAUUUGUCAAUUUUAUACUUAAAACAGAUUUCUUUUGUAAAGGAUUAACUUUUUGCUGAAAUUAGCGAAAACGCAUGUAUUGGUCUCAGAAAUUUAUCAUAUUCCUUUCUAAGAUUUAGUAAUUGGCCAUAGAUUUUAUUAGAUUUCGUUAGAUAUAGAUGCGUACGUUAUGCUUUAGUUUUUAAUUGAAAUUUAGCUAUCGAUCUACUUUUACGAUUAAAUUUUCACUCAAAUAGGUAAUUGUAAUUUUAAAAGGUAAACAUUUUUUCCAGUGAUUGUUAUUUUCUAAAAUGGUAUUGUGAUGUAGUUGAGGCGGAGAGAUUAUUUCCUGGGAAUCAUGUUAAUUUAUUACUGUCGGACAGUUUCCAACCAUGACCAAUUUUGAUGACUACUGAAGUGGUAUUGGCAAAAUUCUCAUUUAAUAAUUUCCAAAUCGAUCUGUAAACCAAUAUAAUUGCAAGGUAAAGAUACAGAUCACCACUAAACUUUUGAAUAAUACCAUAGUAUAUUUUCUAUCCUAUUGCAGUAAAAAUAUGCUGAGAUACUCUCUCUGGUCAUGGUCGGUUUCUGCUCUAGCAUAGAGAACUGGCCCAGUGUUCCGCCCAUUCUGAUAUGUACCUACCUACCUAUACAAUUUGCACAAAACAAUGUAUUUUAUGCCAAAGUCAAUUGAGCUACGAAGGCUUUGCUCGCUUGUGUUCCGAAUAAGUGACAACCUACUAUGUAUAUGAUGAUGAUAAAUAAAAUAAAGAUAAUUCUUCAACCUUA